GUCCUCCUUUGUCAUCCAUGGCAGCCGUUUGUGUACGGCUUCCUCUAACAAAUCUGGGAUUCUCACGCACAAGAAAGCCUUUAAACAUACUGCGCUGCUGCUUUUCCACAUUAACCGAGACCCUUGAAGAUGACUUAUCUUCGGAAAGCAACAAAUGGAAGCCUUUCUUAAAAAAGAAAGUUGUGAUGCGCGUCGGAUAUGUGGGCUCUGAUUAUCGAGGCUUGCAAAUGCAAAGAGAUGAACAUCAACUAUCCACCAUUGAAGGUGAACUGGAAAAAGCUAUAUUCAAAGCUGGUGGUAUUCGAGACAGUAAUUUUGGAAAUUUAUAUAAAAUUGGCUGGGCGAGAAGUAGUCGAACCGAUAAAGGAGUUCAUUCCUUGGCGACCAUGAUAUCUCUUAAAAUGGAGAUUCCUGAAGAUGCAUGGGAGGAUGAUCCAAAUGGGAUCACUCUUGCUAAUUGUGUGAACUCAUAUCUUCCAGAGAAUGUCAGAGUUUUCAGUAUUCUACCGUCCAAAAAGAGGUUUGAUGCUAGAAGGGAGUGUAAUGCACGCAAGUAUUGUUAUCUCAUUCCUGCUGAAAUCAUCGGGAUAAAGAAUGAUUCAACUUCUUCUGAAAGCGAUUACCAUUUAGCCAAUUUUGAUGACAUAUUGAAAUCUUUCGAGGGAGAACAUCCUUUCCACAAUUACACAAUACGAUCCAAGUAUAGGAAACAAUCUCCUGCCAGAAAAUCAUUAAAAAAUGAGAGUCUCUUAAAAAAAGGGAGGCCCUCUACUGAGGAAGAAACAUCUGGGUGUGAGGAAAGCGAGGGAGAAGAAAACUGUAGAGAGAAAGGGGUUGUGACAAUUGUUGAGGCUGAAAAUCAAAAUCCAGCAGGCAACUGUAAUGGGAAAGUCAGUCAUACAAAGGAUCUCAGUUCUGUUUUACCAAUUCAAGCAAGAUGGCUCCAUGAACCCGAUGCAAGGGAUAAACUUAGCUCUGCCCAUUUCCGAAGGAUUUUUCAUUGUCAUUGUGGAAAGUUGGAGAAGUUGCUCGGCAUGAAUUACGUUGAAGUUUCCAUCUGUGGAGAGUCAUUCAUGUUACAUCAAAUACGUAAAAUGGUAGGGACAGCAGUUGCAAUAAAACGCAAUCUUCUACCACCUGAUAUUUUGAAAAUGUCGUUAUGCAAGUUUUCAAGGAUUAUCUUACCCCUAGCCCCAUCAGAAGUUUUGGUUUUAAAGGGGAACAAUUUUGCUUUGAGAAACCAACCUGGCAACAUAAUAAGACCUGAAAUGUUGACAUUGUUGGAAUCGGAAGAUAUUAUCAAGGCAGUUGAUGACUUCUAUUACUCUACAAUGUUACCUCAGCUGUCUAAAUUUUUGGACCCUUCAAAAUCCCCUUGGAGUGACUGGGUAGAAAUACUGGACGCAAACACAAGCAUUCCAGAAUCCCAAGUGGAAGAAGUAAGGGUUGCUUGGAAAUUGUGGAAGGCACAUUAUGAUAGCAGAACUAAGUCUCCAUCAGUAUUGGCUCAAGAGUCUGGUGUCUUCUGAUGGUUAAGUAGUGGGAGAGUGAGUUGUGUCAACCAGCAUCAAAGAUUAGACCUUUGAUGAGGUAUUUGCUAAAACAAGGAUGGAAAUUCUCAACUUGGAGGACAAUCUAACCAAAUCCAUUCCGGUUUUUCUAGGACAACAGAUAUUAGCUCUAAGAAAAAUGAUCGACCUUUUGGGCAUGCAGUAGAAAGCAUGUCGAGAAGCCUGUUCCUGAUAGCAGAAAUGCAGUUAGAAGUGAAGUCAGGAAAUUCAAAAGUUAGUUAGCAACAUCAGCUGUUAGUGAGAGGAGUUGGUUAGGCAGUUUCAAGUUAGUUCAUUAGCUGUCAAUUAGCUGUAACUGCUCGAGUUAGUAAGUAGAUAUUUUCCAUUGUAUUCAACAACUAUAAAGCAUUGUAUUGUAUGGAUUUCAAUCAUCAAUAUACAAAUUCAUAAUUCUUUCAA